GUUAAUUAACAUAUUAAUGCGUCUAAUUUACAACACACCCUCUAAAAUUACAUCAACCUUCCUCUUCCGAUUUGAAAGUUGCUGGGAGGCAGGGUUUUGGAAUUUUGAAUAUUUACGCGUAAUACGAAGGACCGUAGUCAGCCUCGGCUUCAGCAAAAGCUUCUUGAAAUAUGAAAGAUAGAGUUUUCUGCUCUAUGACUGUCUAGAAUUUGAGGGACCUUCAGGAGUUCAAUAGCCUCAUGUCAGUAGUGAUUCUGAGCUCUUUAUGAACAAACUUUUGGAAAAGUCAGGAUUUGAAUGAUCUUAAUGAGAGCUCAAUGCUUCAAAAACGCCUACUGUUCUCCACCCGGCCCGUUUCUUUAGAUUGGCAGACACUUUUGACACGGCACAAACCCCUUCCAAUACACGAGCAAAUUCAGGAAACGUUGUACCCCUUUUGCACUUCAAUUUUGUUGGUGUCUAUAAUCCCAUAUUCAGUUUCCUGUAAGAUGGUGACUAUCUGCAAUUUUUGCAAUCACUAUGUCACAUAUCAUCCGAGCACCAGGUUUUGCAGGAGCUCAUGUGAAACAUGUGGUCACAUGUUGGUGAGCCCUCCAAUCUCCCCUUGCGGGCCGCAUUCUUCUCUUUGUAUUCCGUGUCGUCUUUCCAGAAAAGUAUGUAAAAAUGUCGGUGCCAUGAAACCAGAACAUAAGAAGCUACGCUACGCAAGAGGCGCACUUCAUAAGUCAUAGGAAUUUCUGCCGCGUUCCAAACUUCCAGUCGAAGACAGGCCCUCCAAAAAAAGGACCUAGACUGGCCCUCC